AUGGAGGCCAAGUUACUAGUGAAAGAACUAGGAGAUAUGUUACGAAAUGGUGGAUUUCAUCUCACCAAGUGGUUUUCCAACUGUCCUGAUUUAUUGUCAGAUAUCCCAAGCACUUCAACUCAAGCGACUGAGGUGGACAUUGAUUUGCAGAGGUCUGAUCAACGGGCUCUAGGAGUUCAUUGGCGUGUCUCUGAUGAUAGUUUCACAUUUGAGUUGCGUCUUCCGGCCUCGACGUUUACGAAACGAGGUAUACUGAGUUGUGUCGCAUCGUUGUACGACCCUCUUGGGAUAGUAGCUCCUAUGUAA